CAUCUUGACCAGUUCCGCGUUUCUGCCCAUUUCCAAAAGGCAUUGAGAAGCUUAAGGGCGCGAGAGCGAAGAAAAAGAGAGCCAAAUUCGCCGUCGAAGGGGUGCGGAAGAACAUAGACGGAGAAUUCACCGAUUUCAAUCUACGAUGUGGAGGAGAUUGCUCUAUUCGCAGCUCAAAGCCCUAAAAUCUCUUCCUUCAUCAUCGACGUCCGCAUCCGCUCCGUUGGGAUGCAUUUCUCAAGCCACUCGACUCGCUGCUUCUUCUCGUGUUUCUCAUUCCCCGUCCGUCUCGCUCUUCGCCCGCCAUUACGCCUCUGAUUCUGCUGAUACUGGUCUGAAGAAGAAGGCAGAGGAUGUAAUACCAAUCGUAACCGGACACGAGCGUGAAGAGCUUGAAGCUUCGCUUGAGGGAAGAGACAUCCUUGAUAUAAACCAUCCUGUUGGUCCUUUUGGAACUAAGGAGGAACCUGCUGUUAUCAAAUCAUAUUAUGACGAAAGAUUAGUUGGGUGCCCUGGAGGUGAAGGUGAGGAUGAGCAUGAUGUUGUCUGGUUUCGGCUGAGGAAGGAUGUACCCCAUGAAUGUCCUGUCUGCUCACAGUACUUUGUGCUGGAGGUGGUUGGCCCUGGAGGAUCGCCGGAUGGUUAUGGAGAUGAUGAUCAUCAGCAUUAAUUGCAACCAUGCCCUUUUCUAGAAUAAACCUUGGCUUUUAGAAGAGACAAAUUUCACAAUAUGCUGCAGUUCUCAUUUAAAGCUGUGGCUUGUUUGUUUUCUGCGGGUUCUUGUUCUUGCGGUAGUUCCUUCGUCAACAAAGGAAUCUGAUUUUUUUCGGUAAGUCAUCUGCUAGAAGUACGGCUUUUAAAAACUUUUCUUCUAUGCGUUUCAAAAUAAUUGGAGGCUUCUCUCUCAAUUCUUUUUCCAUUACCUUCCAGUACAAAACCCAUUGAUCUUAGAAAAUAACUUCGAGAACUUACUAAAACCAGCCAGCCCAGUUAGGAAGUGUGAAAUGGCUGUUGUACUGAAGUGGUUUUAUGUACAAUUCCUUUGUCACUUCUUUUGCAAAUCUAAAAUUUUGCAUACUUGCCAUUUGCAUUUU